UGCGGAAGAUUCCUGCAGAAAGGGGCAAGGGCAAAUCUGGUAAAACGUUGAAUAAAAGCCUCAAAAGUCGAGAAAAUUGCUUUCGUUUCACCGUUUAACUCGUUGCAUCACCACCGUCACGACCAACAACGAAUUCCCAAAAUUAUCCCCGAUCCAUUUACCCAAGUCUUCUCCCAUCCGUUUAAUUCAGUCGCCUUCUCCCACACUCAAUCGUCUUUUCCACCUAACAAACUAAAAACUUCCGAUUAAGUCAAAUAUUUAUUCCGAUUAAGACGUCAAAAACCAGCCUCGAAAUGGUGUCGGACUCGGAGCUGAUACAACGACUGAGGGAGUUCCUCAGCGCGUCGGACUUGAACCAGACGACGACGGCGAUUGUUCGCCGGAAGCUGGAGGAGGAUUUCGGAAUCGAUUUGUCGGAUAGAAAAGCCUUUGUUAGAGAACAAGUCGAUAUUUACUUGGAAGAAGCCCAAGGAAAUGAGGAUAAUCAAGCAGAGGAGGAUGAAGGAGGAAGCGGUGCUGCUGAAGAAGAGGAGGAAGAAGAAGAAGUAGAAGACGAAGAAGAGGAUGAAUCAGGAGAAGCAGCUGAUGAAAAAAUUCCAGCUAAGAAAAGGUAAAUUUCAUUUUUUUUUUUUAAUUUUUAAAUUUACGUUUCUUCCUUGUGCACGGAAUGUUGCUGAUGGAAGGUCAAAUGAAAAAUGUUGAGACAAUUUGGAUUAUUAUAAUCUUGUGCACGUAAUCCGUCCUUGUCUGUCUUUUUUUUUUUUUUUCAGAUGUUAGUUUUAUUGGUCAAGUUUUGACUCAUGCAUGUUGCCUCUGAUAGAACCGUAAUCCAGAACUUAGUGCUUUUUUUGUAAUCACUGCAUUUGAGAUAGUCUUCACAGAAAUUUCAUUGGGUUCUGGGUACUGAAUCUUAUGUAAAAAUGUCAAUCGUGUGUACGGAGGGACUUGAACCUUGAAUGCCAAGUGGCAAAUAUUUUUUAGCGUUUCUUUGGCUAUAUGCUUAGGUUUGGUUAUAAUGAAAGAGUGCAGCUGUAAUUGAGUGUCCAAAUAAGAAACAAUGCUCAGAACAAGGAAGUUGUCUUUGCCCAUUCUGUGAUGGAUGUUAUGGUUCUUGCACCUUUUAGCUUGUUAUAAAUGACACCUCUAGUGAGAAUAGUGGAUAUCGUGAUACAGUUGACUUCGUUUUUUUAUGCAUGUCUAAGAACAUGAUUAAUAGGGAUGUUGAGUUUGCUAACUAAAUUGAAGACUGCCAGUUUGUUCAAUAAUUUCAAGGGUGCAUUUAUAGAGUUUCUAAUGCUUAUCUUAUUGUUAAAUCUCAAGGGGAUGGUUAAAGAAUAGUGCUACUGAUGUUGACCUUAUUAUUUUAAACUGGUUUUAACUUUUCUGUAAUUGCUGAUGAUAAGCAGAUGCUUUGCUAAAUUUGGCUGUUAUAAUUAAAGUUACACUUCCUCGCGAAGCGAGGAUCCUUUUGGCACCGGGGAUUGAUUAUGAAUAUGUGGCUUUGAGUUCACCUGCAGUUUUAACAGUCCCUGGUAUGAGAAUUUGCCCAGUCGUCGGAUGAUCACCUCUUCUGUGUUCCUUUUUCAUUAACAAAAGUCCACAAGUCGAUUUGCUAAGCUUAGUAAACUGGAUCUUUUAGUAACCAAUGGGCUUAUGAUGUUCGUGCUCCCAGUUUGUUUUCUUCAUUUUUCCAUGUUCGUUCAAUACAGCAUGCAUCAUCACCAACAGAAAGCAUAUUGUUUCCUACAAGAAGCCGGAACGAGGAGGCUGAAUUUCUUUUAAAUGAUGUAGGAUUUGAUUGACUUUCAAAUAUUAAAAUGUCAGUUGAAAAUAGGAAAUAUCAUUUCUGAAAUGCUGCCGCUUUCAAAGCAUCUGCAUUGUGGCAGGUCAAAAAAGAAGAAUGAAGAGGUCAAGAAAAGAGGCGGUGGGUUUACCAAGAUUUGCAGCCUUUCUCCGCAGCUUCAAAAAUUUACUGGGGUACCUGAAUUACCAAGAACAGAGGUUGUGAAGCAAUUGUGGAGCUAUAUUCGAGAGAACAAUUUGCAAGACCCAAGCAAUAGGAAGAACAUAAUUUGUGAUGUUACCUUAAGGGAACUUUUUGAUGUGGAUUCCAUAGACAUGUUCCAAAUGACCAAGGCCUUGGCAAAGCACAUCUGGCCGCUAGGAGCUAGUGAGCCACCUCCAGUAGCCUCUACAACAAAAGAUAAGCAGCGGAAGCAAGAUCGAGAAGAAGAACCUGAUGAACCAAAGAGAAAGGCAAAAAGGCAAAAGGGUGCCAAUUCAGCAUUUCUUGCUUCACUUCCUCUUUCUGAUGCACUUGUGAAGUUCCUCAACACAGGAGAGAAUGCAUUACCGCGUUCUGAUGUUAUCAAAAGAAUCUGGGAUUACAUCAAGCAAAACAACCUGCAGGAUCCGUCAGAUAGGAGGAUGAUAUUAUGUGAUGACAAGCUGAAAGAACUCUUUGAAGUUGAUACAUUCCAAGGAUUCACGGUAUCAAAACUUCUUAAAAACCAUUUCAUAAAGCCAGAACAAUGAGUUUACUGGGAGUGGCUAGUCCCGAGCUGGAUCCCAAUAAGGGUGGGAAAUUUUGCGUAGAGUUCAUAUGAACUACUGUUUAGCUUCUUUAUUAUUAUUUUUUUUGUUGGGUCUUCCACCCUUCCUAGCUUGUGCAUCUUUUUGUUAGCUCAAGGAGCGAGCUGUUAGGGAAAAGAGUGUGAAGACUUACUGUUACAAUAAUAUCAUUGUUAGCUCAAAAGGAGCCUCUCUUUCUUUUUUUUCUCCAUUGCUCUCUUUAUACUAAUGUAUUCCUUUCCUGAGAAAUGCGUUUUUUUUUUUUUGUUCUUUUUUUCUUUUUUUUGCUUUCAAAUCUG